CGCAAGCUUAAUACUAUUUUCAGACAGGCAGUUAAUCGAGCAAUUAUCCAAGCUUUCUCAAUUAAUGCACUAAUUAAGAUCGAUUUGCCAUACAAAAUUUCAAUUAUUAAUUGCUCGAUUGGUAAUUAAUUGAAUGUUUAUUCUAGUAAAAACUUCAAUGCAACUCUGUUAGCAAACAUCAAAAACCAAAAAAAUUGUAUUUCAACUGCAGGAUGCAGAACAAUCUGAAUGUUCGAUUAGCUCCAAAACCAAGAAAGAGGAGACUGGCUUGGGCUGAGGAUGGCGAAGUGGCCAUUCUUGAUUUGUGGGAAGAGCGCGUUGCUGAUCUCCGCGGUGCACGGAAGAAUGGCCACAUCUACGCGGAGAUGGCGAACGAGCUGGCAAAGUUGGGCCACAACUACAGCGCCCGGGAUGUGCAGGUGAAGUUGGCGAACUUCACGCAACGCUACAGAAAAGAGAAAUUGGCUAUGGGACCUUCUGGUGGAUCACCCUCAACGUGGCCUUUAUACGCAAGGGUGCACCAGAUAAUCGGUGGAUUUAAGGCCAAUAUGUUUUGCGAGCUGACGCUUGAAAACAUCAGCGAAUCCGAUAUAGCAUCCCAGCCAUCACCACUGACCCCAAUAUUGCCGUCAUCACUCAGCCCAACAGUUUCCUCACCACUGGCAUCACCUCUUCCUGCUGUGCCAACCACACCGCUGCCUACACCGUCACCGCCGCUGUCAUCACCUCUCACUCCUCUGCCAACCACACCGCUCCCCACACCGUCACCGCCGCUAUCAUCGCCGUCGUCACCAAUGCCUAGCAGCUCAGCUUCUGCGGUUGAGCCUAAAAGAAGGAAAGUAAUCGGCACUUUACAAAAGAAAGUAUUAGAUAAAUUUGAUGGGUUGUCAGCGGAGAUAAGCCAACAUAUACAGAGGAGUGAGGAAAAUGAAAAAGAGUGGAUGAAGAUAGAGAAAGACAAAGCUGACACACUGAGGGAGAUAGCGAAUGAUAAAAAAGAAUUAAAAGUUGGCAUUUUAUCAUUUUUAAAUAGAAAUUAAUAACACUGUACAGCACU